GACUAUUGAGGCUUUUACUUUGCAUUCUUGAUUGACGGACAACUGCCCCCACAAAAUCCUUACCAUGGUAUCUUCCAUAUCUUUAACUCUGAAACAGUGUCAGAUACAUAUAAGACAACGGGGGAAAGGAGAGAACUUUGCUCUAUGUGUAUCCACACACAUACUAUAUCUUUGCAGAAUAUAUCUUUGCAGAAUUGCAGUGCCCUUUGGAUGGCAGGAUAUCUUUAGAAUGUCAGACAAGAAAUAGCUGCUGCUUAUAUAGGCAUUGUAUAGGCCUGUGAACUGUGCUUUAAGAGGGAGAAGGGAGAGACCUUUUUAGAAUCUGGGUAUUUAUUGCAAAGUCUUAAAAGCGAGUGAAAAGAGCAAGUAGUACGAAGGGCUUUGAUGGUUGAAUAGGAGUCGGCAAUGGCAUCAACUUCUUGUGCCAAGCAGAGUCCUGUGCCUAUGAAAGAACCAGUCAUGAGCUAUCUUCAGUACCCAGCACCUCUGGCAAGAUAUGAGGAUGUUGCUGCCAGUCCUAAGCUUUUCAUGGCUACUUUAGAGAAGCUCCAUGCUUCUAUGGGAACCAAGUUCAUGAUCCCCAUUAUAGGGGGAAGGGAGUUGGACUUGCAUCGGCUUUUUGUGGAGGUAACUUCUCGUGGUGGCCUUGAGAAGAUUAUUAGAGAGAAAAGAUGGAAGGAGGUUACAGCCGUUUUCAACUUUCCUUCUACUGCUACAAAUGCAUCCUUUGUGCUGCGCAAGUACUAUGGUUCCUUGCUUCACCACUAUGAGCAACUUUACUUUUUUAAAGCUCAGGGCUGGGCUCCUGGCUCAUCUGUUCCCUUGCACAGCUCAUUCGCAUCACGGGUUCCAGCACAAGUGACUGUGCAACCAUCACCUGAGUAUCAAGCAGCUACAGCCCAGCAACAAAUGACAAACACUGCAGGGUUGUGUGGAGCCAGAGCAGCAUCAUCAGGAACUUCUCAAGUUAUUGGGGUAAUUGAUGGGAAAUUUGAGAGUGGAUAUCUUGUUACUGUAACAAUAGGGACGGAGAAGCUCAAAGGUGUUAUUUAUCAAGCACCACAAAACCAAUCAUGCCAAGUACCACAGCAUUAUAAUGUCUCUGCCAACAACAUUGGUAAUGCCCAUGCUGCAUCAGGCACACAACGGCGGCGGCGCAGAAAGAAAAAUGAGAUAAAAAGGAGGGAUCCUGCUCAUCCAAAGCCAAACAGAAGCGGAUAUAAUUUCUUCUUUGCUGAGCAGCAUGCAAGACUGAAGCCUCUUUACCCAGGGAAGGACAGAGAGAUCAGUAGGAUGAUUGGUGAACUAUGGAACAAGCUGAAGGAAUCUGAGAAAGCAGUUUAUCAGGAAAAGGCUAUUAAAGAUAAAGAAAGAUACAGAAUAGAAAUGGAGAAUUACAGGGAAAGAUUGAAAACAGGGCGAGUUAUUAGUGAUGCAGUUCCACUACAGCAAUGGCUACCUGAACAGGAUAUAGAUAUGGUGGAUGCUGAUAUGAAGCCUGAUGAAACUGAUGGGGUGGACUCUCCUCAAACUAUGAAUAAUAAUAGUAGUUCGGGUGAAAGUGAUUCUGAAGAUGAAGAUAAAACAGCCGAAAAGGAUUUGGAUAGGGGAGCAUCUCUAGGGAUGCAAUUUAAUGUUCGCGUUGGUCAUGUAGGUAUGGACACUUCAGCUGACGCAGCUGCUUUUGAGCCAUCUAGUAUGGAAGGAAAUAUUGGAGAUCAGAGGGUAGAGAUGGUUGGCAAUGUGGGUGAUGAAAACUUGGAGAAUAUGGUAGUUGAAACUUGAAACAGGCACAGAAAAAUUAUAUGGCGAGGAACAAUGAUGCUCUCCACGAAUUUGGAUUUACUCUUUAUGUUCAUUACAGUGUUGUUAAAUUGUGGCUGCAACUUCAUAUGGUAUUUUUUUUUGAUAUUUCAUCUCUUCGUCUAGAACUUCCAUUUUAUUAUUUUCUAGUCUGUCAUGCUGUGAAAAAUAGCUUUAGCUGAUGUAGGGAGGUGCAGAAGUUUUUGCUGACUUCUGACAGUUUUGUAGAAAGGAGGAAAUUUUGAUGCAUUUGUUGAACUAACAUUGUGGUUGCUUCUCAGCCAAUGCUUUAAAUAUAAUUCCUAAAUUAA